AUGGUGCGCCUUACAAACCUCCUCAGAGCCUCGUUGCUCCCCUUGACAGUCAACGCCGGCUUGUCAAACUUUGACGAUUGGGAGCAUGGCCGUGUUGCUCUUCAAGACGUCAGCAUUCAUUUCCGCUACGCCGGCUCAGGCCCGCCUGUGCUUCUUGUGCAUGGCACUCCUCAAUUCAGCCUGACAUGGCAACACAUUGGCCCCAUCCUCGCAGAGCAAUACACAGUCAUUGCGGUAGAUGUGCGUGGUACUGGAGAUUCCAGCAUUCCGCCAAAUGAGGACUAUACUUGUGAAACGGUUGCUGGCGAUCUCAAGGGCGUGUUGGACUCCUUGAACAUUACGUCUGCGUACGUUUUUGCUCACGACAGUGGAGUCGGCAUGGCCACAGCCCUCGCGAUUCAGCAUCCGUCCAUGGUGAAGAGGCUGGCCAUUGCUGAAUAUCUGUUCCCAGGCUUUGGCUAUGAGCAGGCGGCAUCUCCCGGCCCUUACAUGGAUCUGUACGGCAACCCACAGCUCUCAGCGUUUACUAUUCCUGAUUUUGCAGAGUUCCUCGUCACUGGCAAGGAAAAGCAGCUUCUUCAGUGGUAUUUCUACAAGGGCAGCUAUUCCGGUGGCACCAGCUUCAGCGAGGACACGAUCAACCGAUAUACUUCAAGCAUCUCCAAGCCUGGCUUCCUCAGAUCCAUGCUGGGUGUCUACUCAGCCGCCACAGUCCAUGCAGAUUCACAGUUUUUCCAAAGCCACUUGGGCCCAAGCCCUUUGAAUAUUCCCGUGCUUGCAAUCGGAGGAGAAGCAAGCAACGGCAAUGAGGAUAUCAUGCGUGUUCUGUACGCGAGAGUAUCAACAGAUUUGAGUACUGCCGUAGUUCCCAAGGCAGGCCACUGGCUGGGUGACGAGAACCCGUCGUGGACAGCGAAGCGUGUAGCGAAAUUCUUUUCAGAAGACAAGCCAGCCUUGAAGAAUGUUGAUCUUUCGUCUUUCGCAGACCAGGUUACCCUUCAAGUUGGUUUCUUUGGCACUUUCAGAAAUGCCGCUCUCGGCGCAGGUCUUGGUACGUAA